AAUAAAUGGAUGUAAAAGAUUCUGGCUCCCAAAGUCAACUCUCUUUCAUUAAAAAUGAUGAUAGGAGCUCUGAAUCAGAGCUUGACUUUAUGAUGCCAACAAACUGUGCUGGUAUAACUCUGAUCAGUGUGACAAAAUAAUGAAAAGAAAUACCUUAAUAAAUCAAUGAACACCAAGAAAGUAGAUUCAACUAAUAGAAGUCUACUCAAGCGAGGUCUUUCUGAUAGAAUGGCUCAACAUUUACCAAAACAUUUCAGUAAUUAGCAAAGAAAUUCCAAAAAGAAAGCGAAGAAGGGUGCGACCCUUCUCUGCUGUCUGCAGGAAUACUAAAGUUAGAGAGCCAAUUAUCAAGAGAGAGCCAGAGAAGGUCCGAAAAGUGGUUCUAAAACCCUCAAUCAUAAAUCUCACUCCCAAUACGUGCCAGAGAAAGAAAUUUAUCAGCUUAAAGGUAGAGAAGGGCAAAAGGAACCAGCUCAGGAAUAGCAAGAAAAAGACUAAGAAACGCAGACUUGUCUCAGCAAAUUUAGGAGCAAGAUUAGCAACGAUAUCAAAGAAUUAUAAUAAUAUUGGCAGGUACUCUAAAACAAUAGAAAAAGAGAAUUACCUCGAUAAGAUCCAGAGUGGCAGAGCAGCACUUAAGAAGGUCAAAACUCAUCAGGAUAUCAAUCAAGAUGCCAGAGACAGUUGGGGGAAGGAAACAUUAUUGGAACUAAAUGAGGUUCAAAAGCUGAAAGGUAUUCAAACCAAUCGUGAAACAGUGUUUUCAAAUCUGUCAAAUGAAAAUGACAAGACAACAAGGGAUACUAAACGCUCUCCCAAAUAAGAGAAAUAGGCUAUCUCAGGUAUUCAGCUCUGUGCCAAUAAAUCUUCCUGUAAAUGAUUACUCAGAGAAUUUCACAGAUACUAUGAAUCCAAAAAUUGACCAGAAUGCUCAAGAUAGGUCGAUAGUUAUCAAAACUUACUCCAAGAUCAGCCAGAAUCAUCAAAGGAAGAUGCAGCUUGAAGCAGUUCAAAAUUGGGGAAAGAAGAGGCAGAAAUCAAAUAUGCAGCGGAACUAAA